AUGCUGAUGAGUAUUCCUAUCGCUGCAGCCAUCACAGAUCCAGAAAGUAAAAGAGUUGAAACCCCCUUGCCAAAAGACAGUAUGGAUACUAGUGGCAUGGAUGUCACCAUUAGCAAUAUUGGUGAUACCAGUAAUCUCUCUCCGUAUGACCAUCUUAUACCCAUGAUCACCAUCAACAAUAAUCCGUUUCUUGCCGGUGUAAGGCGACUGUUCGCGAUUGGUGAUGUCCAUGGUUGUAUCGACGAGUUCAAUGAACUUAUAUCUAAGAUCGCCUAUAACCACGACCAAGGUGAUCGGAUUAUCCUACUGGGUGACCUUAUGAACAAAGGGCCUGACAGUGUGGGAGUCAUCCUACGAGCAAAAGAGCUCAAAGCUUGCAACAAUACAAUUCCAGAAGACCCAGCAAAAGAUCCAAUUACCCUUUCUCACGAGCAUAUUCGUAUCGUUCGUAAUAUGACAGCUGAAGAUUACCAAUUUCUCAACUCCUGUCCGCUGAUCCUGGGUAUCCCUGCACUCAAUAGUCUAUUUGUGCAUGGCGGGGUAGAUCCCAGAAACUCAUUUGAGAGCCAAGUACCUUACCUUGUUAUGAACAUGCGAUCUAUCCAAGCAGAUAGAACGCCCACUCGUGAGCGAACCCCGGUGAAUUGGGCAGAUGAAUGGAAUCGGUAUCAAGAAGCAAAGGCUCGGCUGUCGAACCACCAUACACAGAUGUUUACUACGGACAUGAUUCUAAACUCGGGUUACAGCUAA